AUGGAAUCUGCCAAUAUAGUAGUUAAUGAUACUUCACUUUUGCAGAUUCCAAGUCUUGACAAUCCAAACAAUCUGACACCUGAAGCCACAAAUGUUGACGAUGAUGUCAUUAACGAUUCAAUUACCUCUCCCACUCCUCAAAUACAUAGACAUGGAGCAAAACAAGUCCAAAAAGACCAUUCUCUCCGUAACGUAAUUGGAAAUGUUCAUCACAGACUAAAGACACGGAAACAAGUGUCUGAAGAGAUUAUGCGCAACAAAGCUAGACUUGAUGCUCAAGGUUACAGGCAAAUUGAAGGGUUAGACUUUGAUAAGACUUUUGCUCCCGUUGCACGGUUAGAAGCUAUUCGUUUGCUUUUGUCAAUUGUGUGCCAUCUCAUGUUCAAGCUACAUCAAAUGGAUCUCAAGAGUGCCUUCUUAAAUGGCGUUCUACAGGAGGAAGUAUAUGUUGAACAGCCGGCAAGAUUUAUAGAUCCUAUCAAUCCUUAUCACGUUUAUCGUCUGAAAAAGGUACAACAAUUCAAUGAAGGGAUAUUUAUCUCCCAAACCAAAUAUGCAAAAAACCUUGUCUCUAAAUUUGGUAUGGAGUUUGCUAAGGCCAUUCAAAAUCCUAUGAGUACCAGUGAUAAACUUUGCAAAGAUUCCAAGGGCAAAAGUGUGGAUCAAAAACUAUAUCGAAGCAUGAUUGGUAGCCUGAUCCCAAGGAAUCACAUUUGUCUACUGUCAAGCGAAGUCUGCGCUAUGUAA